GAGUUCCGCCGAGGCGGGAGCCAUUACCCGCCGCCGCCGGAGCUGAGCCUUUACCGACACCGGCCCCGACGUCGCUGCCCCCCUUCCCCCCCUUUCCCCGUUCCCCUUCCCCCCCCCCCCCCCCCCUCCCCUUCCCCAUUGCAAGCCCGGCCCGGUACAGGUGCUCUCGAGCUGGGGCGAGGGGAUGAGGUGCCCCCCUGCCGCGUGGUGUGCCGAAGCGGCUCUUUAGAUCCUCCCCGGCCCAAGCCUCCCCUGCCAUGGAUGCCUCGGGGGCUCUUGCUUCGGCUCCCUCCUCCGCGGCUCCCUCGGGCUCCCGCAGCCCCAUGUUUCCCCCAGGAGCUGACAGAGAGGAGUGGGGACCGAGGUUCAAUUGUGCCCCUUCCACCUCUGCUGCAGCCUCGCAGGCGAUGCCAGCAUCUGGCCGGAAGAGGAAGGCCAACUUCUCCAAUGACGAGACCGAGACACUGGUCUGGAAUGUGGUCCGGCAUUUCAGCGCCCUGUAUGGGUCUGAAGCCCUGCGGGCUCACCCCGUGCGGCGGAAGCAGCUCUGGACCCAAAUCCAAAGCCGCGUCAACUUCCUGGGCUACACCGAGCGCUCCAUCGACGACCUCAAGCACAAGUGGCGCGACCUGCGGUUGGACGUCAAGAAAAAGAUCACCUCCAAGAAGCACCUGCCUAUGAACCGCGCUGGCGGGCCGCUGCACAAGCCGCGCCUCACGCCCCUGGAGAAGAUGGUGGCUUCCACCUUCUUGCAGGCCAGCCACGACUCGGAGCCCGAAAUCAUCUUGGACCCAGAUCUGUUCUUCCCCGGCGCAACCAAACAGUCCUUCAUGCACCUGCAGCCCGGCGUGAGCCACCCCAGCAUCUACAUCGACACCAACGGGCAGCCCUCAUCCCUGCCCGACGUGGAGGGCUCCGCCGUGCCCCGGCUGGCGGUGCAGAGCCCGGACCCCUCGGUCAUCUGCGAGUACAGCCGAGGGGAAGGGCAGAGCAGUUCGGCCGAGUCGGGACCAGAACUGCGAACUCCGGACAUGACAGCCAUUUCCCCAUCCCUGCGAAACGAGUCCCUCGUCUCCUACGCCUCCAUGUCGGAGGAGGAGGAACGGGAAGGCCGGGAGGUGGAGAGGGGCCACGGAGGGGCCAUGGGGCUGCAGCCUGGGCCCGAGGCCCCGAUGUCCGCGGAGGAGGACAUGAAACUGUCCCGCCAGGCCAUGCUGAUCCGCCGGUGCAGCUCCCAGGGCUCCGUCACUUCCCUGCCCGAGGACCCUCUCAACCCCGUGGACGCUCACUCGGACUGGGGACACGAGGGGGUGUCCGACCUGCCCCCCCUGGGCCGCUCGCUCGACUCCUCGCACCCCGAGGAGCAGGCGGGGGGCCCGGGCCCGGAGAUGGGCGCUUUGCCCAGGGUACUGAUGGGCCCCACCUGGGAGAAGCCGAUGGAGGAGGAGCCGCCGGCACGCUCCCCGCUGCACGGCGCCCUGACUGAGGAGUCGCUGCCCUCCUCCGCCUCCCCCCCGGGGGACCCCCCUGCCGCCCCCGGCCCGGCCCGCGGCGGCGUGGGCUGCUCCCGCCUGCGGGAGGACCGCCGGGAGAGCUGGAGGACUAACAUCCAUCACCUGCUGGACCUGGAGGAGCAGUGGGACCAGCUGUACCACCAGGAGCUGGCCAUGUGGCAGGAGGAGCGGGCCACGCAGCGCGAGGAGAGGGCCCGCGACCGCGAGCUCCAGUUCCGCCUGCUGGGCGUCCUGACGGACAUCCGCGACGAGCUGCGCUACCUGCGCCAGGAGAGGGCCAGCGCCCGGCAGAGCCAGGCGCCGCCGGCCGAGCCCCGGCCGGACCCCAGCCCGCUCCUCGAGCAGCCCAAAGCCGAGCCCAGCUUCCCCGAGCCGCAGGCCGGGACCGCCGGCUGGGCAGAGACCGCCGUGCCCAGCCGAAGCCCCUUCGGGAACCGGGGCCGGGGCCGGCGCAGAGGGCGGCCGCGCGGCUCUGCCUCCAGACACAGACGGCUCUUCCUCACCAACAGCUAGGGCAGGCGGGGACGCUGUCCCGCGAAGGACGUGGUGUGCGUACAGCCCUCCCUCCCCGCGCGGGGCUCCGGGUGUGCGGUGGGUGCCUGGCCACGGACCGACGGGUGUGCUCACGGGGGAGCGGUGUGCGUGUGUCGCGGAGGCGUGCGCGAGCGCGCGGCCGUGAGCAAGGUUGGUGCCCGCCGUGCCGCCGUGCCCAGACCCCGUGAGCACGGGGGAGGUACGAGGGGACACGCGGGCAGCUGGCGCCGCGCGUGCCUGCGAGCCUGCCGUGUGCUGGGCGAGUUUGGAGCACGCUGGCCACGUGCGCAAGCCCGGGUCAGGAGGCGGCGAUGCACACUCGUGUGCAAGGUGUGCGCACACACCCGGGAGGUGCCGGCGGCCGUGGCUGAGCCUCUGCUCCCGCGGGCAGCCCGGAGCGAGCGGCGGGAGGCGUGCAUGCGCGGGUGCCAGCGGGGCGUGUGACAGCGCUAGUCGAGUAGGAUUACUACCUUGGGGGGGUGGGGAGUUAGGAACACUUAGUCGCUGAUGUGCGAACAUUUUAUGCAAAUCAUUUAAUGACCUAAUUUGCAUAUAACCCAUAAACUUCUGUUU